AUGGCCGCCGCCAGUGCGCCGCCGGGGCGCCGCGGCUGCGGGGGCGGAAGGAGGCCGCCGGCGGCCCGCGCGCUUCAGCCCCGCCGGCCGCUCAGCGCGCCCCCCCGCUCCGCGGCGGCGCCGUCCGCCGGCCUCCGCGGUUCCCGCCGCGCCGGCGCCCCUCGGCCCCGCGCGCCCCUCCGCCCGCGCACCGCGCCCUUCCGCCGCCGCGCCCCGCGGCCCCUCUCGGCCCCGGCCGCCGCUCGCCUCGGCCCCCCGGCCGCCGCCGGCCGCGGCGCUCGGCUGCUGCCGCCCCGCCGCGCUGCGCGGCCCCGCGCGAUCCUCGGGCCGCCGCCGCCGCCACACCUCCCGGCCCGCCGCAGCCCGGCGCGCUCCGCGGCCCCACCUCCCGCCGUCCCCUCAGCCCCCAGCCCCGCCCCGGCCCGCCGCCACUUGGCGCGCUCGCAGCCGCCCCCUCCCCGCGGCCCCCGGCCCGGCCCGGCCCGGCCCCGCCGCACGUCAGCCCUCUCCUCCCACCGCGCCGCGCCGCGCCGCGCCGCCCCCUCCCCUCCCGGGGGACCCUCCCUCCGGGGGGCCGCCGCCUCCGCCGAGGGACCCUCCGCCGCCCCGCCCCUCCCCUCCCGGGGGACCCUCCCUCCGGGGGGCCGCCGCCUCCGCCGAGGGACCCUCCGCCGCCCCGCCCCUCCCCUCCCGGGGGACCCUCCCUCCGGGGGGCCGCCGCCUCCGCCGAGGGACCCUCCGCCGCCCCGCCCCUCCCCUCCCGGGGGACCCUCCCUCCGGGGGGCCGCCGCCUCCGCCGAGGGACCCUCCGCCGCCCCGCCCCUCCCCUCCCGGGGGACCCUCCCUCCGGGGGGCCGCCGCCUCCGCCGAGGGACCCUCCGCCGCCCCGCCCCUCCCCUCCCGGGGGACCCUCCCUCCGGGGGGCCGCCCCCUCCCCCGAGGGACCCUCCGCCGCCCCGCCCCUCCCCUCCCGGGGGACCCUCCCUCCGGGGGGCCGCCCCCUCCCCCGAGGGACCCUCCGCCGCCUCCGCCCCUCCCCCCGGGGGGGUCCCCGCCGCCCCGCCCCUCCCCUCCCGGGGGACCCUCCCUCCGGGGGGCCGCCCCCUCCGCCGAGGGACCCUCCGCCGCCCCGCCCCUCCCCUCCCGGGGGACCCUCCCUCCGGGGGGCCGCCCCCUCCCCCGAGGGACCCUCCGCCGCCUCCGCCCCUCCCCCCGGGGGUCCCCGCCGCCGCUACCCCCUCCUCCCCUCCCCCGAGAGACCCUCUGCCCCCCUCAGCCCAGGGGUCUCCGCCGCCUCUACCCCUUGCCCUCACACGCGGGACCCUCCGCCCCCUCCCCCCUCCCUUCACCCGAGAGACCUUCUGCCCCCUCAGCCCAGAGGUCCCCGCCGCCGCUACCCCUUCGCUCCCCCCCGCGAGACCCUCUGCCGCCUCCGCCCCUCCCCCCGGGGGUCCCCGCCGCCGCUACCCCCUCCCCUCCCCCGAGAGACCCUCUGCCCCCUCGGCCCAGGGGCCCCCUCCUCCCCUCCCCUCCCCUCCCCCGAGAGACCCUCCGCACCUCCCCCCAGGGGCCCCCGCCGCCCCUCCCCCUCCCCUCCCCCGAGAGACCCUCCGCGCCUCCCCCCAGGGGGUCCCCGCUGCCCCUACCCCCUCACCGAGGGACUCUCCUCCUCCUCCCCCCCUUCUCCCAAGGGUCCCUGUCCUCCCCCUCAAUCCCGAGGGACCCACCCCCUCCCCCCGGGGGUCCCCGCGUCCUGGCACCGGCCCCGUGGGCUGUAUCGCGGGGGGCUGUGGGGGCCCCUGCCCAUUUCGCGGUCGGCCCUCGGCCACCGCCCCUCGGCCGCCUUUGUUCUCUGCUGCGGCCUCACGCUCUCCGCAGCUCCUGAACCACCUGCCAGGGAGCCAGUCUAUGACAUCCUCCGCUGCUUUCAUCUGAAAAGUUUCUGCACAUCCAGCUCCCUGCCUGUCGAGAUGGCACAGCGUAAGAGUGGCUCGGAUUCAGCUCGCACGCGCGUGAUUGUGCGGCGCAGUGUGCCCCGUGCGGCAGCGGGCACCUGAGACCCUCGAAGGCCGCCAGGUGGUCCGGCACGCGGGGAGAGCUCCCUAACGCUGCUGACCUCCCGGGCCUCUUGUCUCAUCUGCGAAGUGGGGAGAAAUCCUGAAUCCUCAGGAUUACUGCAAAGGUCAUGGUCCAAAGGUCCCUCAAAUACUGAGACUGCAGCUGUUUCUGAAAACUCAACACAUCGGACCCUUGUCCUUCUCAAAACAGCACACGUGUGGCCCUGAGUGCGGAGCCCAGGCAGCACAACGGAAGGGAGAGGGAGACCGGGGAGCACGAGGGGGAGGAGAGCGAGCCCCGGGAGCACGAGGGGGAGGAGAGCGAGCCCCGGGAGCACGAGGGAGGG